CCCAAACGUGCCUUACACAGUGCACUGCUGUUCAGAGGUUUUUCUCGGCUGCUUAAGUCUUUAUCGCGUCAAUCCUUGGUGGCUACACGAUCGUCGCACCCGAAUUUAUCUUUGGAACCAGCAUGAGCGACGAAACCAAUGGGUCCCAAACGGGCUCAACUGAGCAUUAUGCUAUUGGUAUCUCCUUCGGCAACUCGUACAGUUCAAUAGCACACAUCUCUGGUGAAGGCAAAGUUGAGGUCAUUGCGAACGAGGAAGGAGACCGACAGAUCCCCUCUAUCCUUUCGUACAUUGACGGAGAGGAAUACCAUGGCACACAAGCCAAAUCGCAGCUGGUGCGAAACAACAAGAAUACGAUUGCAUACUUCAGAGACUUCGUUGGAAAGGACUACAAGUCGAUAGACCCUACACCUUGUCAUGCCUCCGCACACCCUCUCGAGAGCGACGGUCAGAUUGUCUUUUCAGUGCAAGAGAAGGAAGAUGAGGAACAAUCCAAAAUCCCUGUCUCGGAGGUUACCACGCGGCACCUACGCAGGCUGCAAAACUCUGCGGCUGACUUCACUGGCAAGACCGUCAAUGCGGCUGUUGUCGCCAUCCCCACAGAUACCAAUGAAGAGCAAAAGGAUGCAUUAACAAAAGCUGCUGCCAACAUCAAGGUGGAAAUCCUGCAAUUUAUCCCUGAGCCUAUUGCCGCUCUACUAGCAUACGACUCUCGGUCAGAGGCUGCCACCACCGCCGAUAAGACUGUGAUCGUCGCCGACUUUGGUGGUACGCGAUCUGAUGUUGCGGUCAUUGCUUCAAGAGGAGGAAUGUACAGCAUUCUUGCAACUGCGCAUGACUAUGAACUUGGUGGUGCACAAUUGGAUCAGGUCCUGGUCGACCACUUUGCAAAAGAGUUUGAGAAGAAAAACAAGACCGAUCCCAGGAAGAAUGAGAGAAGCCUGGCCAAGCUGAAGCUUGAGUCAGAGGCCGUCAAGAAGACCCUCAGUCAGAGCACCAGUGCAACAUUCAGCGUGGAAAGUCUUGCAGACGGUAUUGACUUCAGAUCUACAAUCAACAGAAGUCGUUAUGAGAUCAUCGCGCUCAAGACAUUCGGCCGCUUCGCUCGUCUGGUCGAGGAAGUCAUCAAAAAGGCAGAUCUUGACGUGCUCGACAUUGACGAAGUCAUUCUAUCCGGCGGCAGUUCGCACACGCCGAAGAUCGCUAGCAACAUCGAGGCACUGUUCCCCGAGACGACGAAAGUUUUGGCACCCGCAACCACUCCUUCCGCACUUAACCCGUCCGAGUUGUCCGCAAGAGGAGCAGCUCUGCAAGCCUCUCUGAUCCAAGAAUUCGACAAGGAAGAUAUUGAUCAGUCUACACACGAGAUGGUUACUGUUACGCCACACCUGACAGCCGCCAUCGGCUAUCAAUAUACCGGCCAAUCCUCCGACGCAUUCACCGUCAUCAUCCCGCCAGCCACGGCAGUCCCCGCACGGAGAACCCAAGUCAUCGAGGGUCUCCAGGGUGAUGUUCUCAUCCGCAUCACUGAAGGUGAGCGUGAGAUUAAAGUCACCAAAGAGGAGCCGAAGGCGAAACCGGAUACAAACGGCACCAAGGAAGACGAUGAUGAGGACGAAGAUGACGAGGAUGAUGAGGAUGACGAGCCCGAGGAAAUCCGUGAGAAGAUCUGGAAAACCACGCAGCCGCUUGCAGAGUUCGUCCUCAAAGACCUCAAGAAGGGCUCGAAGGUGGAAGUCAUGGUCAACGUCGAUGCUGAUAUGUCUUUGUCAAUUACGGCUCGACCUGUCAAAGGGCAAGGCGGUAUCAGAGGAGAAAUCAAGGCGAAGGCGACGACUCAGAACGGCAGUGCUUGAAUCGCUUCUCGCUGAGUAGCAUGGCGUGGCGUGAUGAUACUUGGUUUUUCCUUGCAGGCGGAAUAAAAGAAUGCACUGUUUUUGUAUGGCUAUGAACAUAGACGGUCAUGAUACCUACGGAUCAGGAUCGGUGUGAGCUGCAUUGGCUCAAUUGCUCGAGAAUACAAUAUCUCAUACAAUGUGCGUACAGUCUCUCAUAUCCCAUCUUGCCUCUCAGUGAUACCUUGACUGGAUCGUUUUCGACCAUCAAUACU